UGAUUUUACUUAGUUUUCGUUAUUUAUUUUUUAUUCGUUUUUUAUGCUUACAGGAAAUUGUUUUUUGUUGUUGUCUACUGUUUUCUAUUGUUAAACAAUCUUAGUGAAUUACUACUACUUUAGUAUAAAGUGUAUCCGCCCUCGGGGGCUCUUAGGUCUUUUACUCUUAUUGAAAACUUUGCUGUUCUAAUAAAAAAAAAAAAUGAAAUUAAAUAACAUAAAUAAGAUAGAUGAAAUAAAUACAUACGCUUCCUGAACUUGGUGGAUUUCAUAUUUGUUCUCCACCUUCCAUGAAGAUAUGCGCGCUCCCGCGGCCGAGGACGCGCCUCCUAACGGGCAGGUGAAGCGUCCGUGGGAGCAGCGAGUCUCCGUUAUCCCGGUCACAUUCAGGAAUACAUACCAGAAUACUUGGAGGUAAUUAACGGAAACAAGUGGACGGAUUUCAGCCGAGCGCCUGGAGGUAGAAGAUGUUUUAAGAAAUGACAUUUGUGUUUUUCGUUUCACUAAUGUGUACAGUUGGAGGCUGCAGCCUCUGGGGCUGAGAGGGAUGAUAAGACACAGCUGUGACCCUUCGAAUCCCAAGCUGUGCCUCUCACCACUACUCCACAGCCCCCUGUUUAGUGCCCAGGUUGGGAGUCCUUGGCCUGAGAGACGUUGAAGAACCCUGCCAUAAAACAGAAACAAUGACAACUGAGGAGAUCCUGGUUGAAACGCUGGAUGAGCUGAGUCCUGAGGACUUUGAUCAGUUCAAGUUGCUCCUUCACACAGAAGGUUUAUCAUUCAUCACAUCGGAGCGACUGAAAGAAGCAAACACAGAGGAUGUAGUGAAGCUGUUGUUGGAGUUGAACAGAAAAGACUGUGUGGAGGAGACCAGGAAGGUUUUAUUGAAGAUGGAGAGGACUGAUCUGGUGCAGAGGUUGUCAAGGAUCGACUCAAGAGCCAAAGAGCAACAGCAGAUUCCACUGAGCCACAGAGUGGAGUUGAUGGUGUCUGUUAUAGAGCUGCUCCUGGAAACACUGGCUGAUCUGACUGACAUCCAGCUCAGAGACUUUCAUUAUCACCUGGAUGAAAUUCAUCCUUUCAGAUCUGACUUAGAUUGGCCAUUAACAGUGAUGGAGGACUUAAACUUGCAGGACACAGUGUUUACUUUGGUUCAGAGUUUUGGUCAACGGUCUGUGAAUGUGACCAUGGAGGUUUUACAGAAGAUGGAGAUGACUGAUCUGAGGAAGAGGCUGUCAGACAGCAGCUCAGGACGCACAAAGAAACAUUCUGUGGACGAACACCAAUCUGCACUGAUCCAGAAGGUGGCAACAAUGGCAGCUGUCAAACAGCUGCUUGUGGAAACUCUGGAACAUCUGCCCUAUUGGGAGCUUAAUAGGUUCAUGGUCCACCUGCAGAGUAUAGUCUACCAGAGGAAUCCCUCAUACGUCCCAAGGACAGACAUUGGGAUGAAUUACACAUCAUUAAGUUCAGAUAUACUGGACAUGAUGAUGGAGGAGCUUGGCCUACAGUCUUUGGAGGUGACCAGGGAGAUUUUAGAGAAGAUGAACAGGACUGACCUGGUGCAGAGGUUUUUAAAGACCAGCUCAGAACUCAAAGCUUCGAGUGCCUCAGCUGGAGCAGCUGGUGGAAACCUGACGACAGGAGAGCAACAGCAGAUUCCACUGAGCCACAGAGUGGAGUUGAUGGUGUCUGUUAUAGAGCUGCUCCUGGAAACACUGGCUGAUCUGACUGACAUCCAGCUCAUAGACUUUCAUCAUCACCUGAGUGGAAUUCAUUCUCUCAGAUAUGACUACAUGUCCAAAUUGAUGAAGCAUUAUACAGACCUACAGGACACAGUGUUAACUUUGGUUCAGAGGUUUGGUCAACGGUCUGUGGAGGUGACCAUGAAGGUUUUACAGAAGAUGAAGAUGACUGAUCUGAUGAAGAGGCUGUCAGACAGCAGCUCAGGACCCACAAAGAAACCCCUGGAUGAACAUCUGUCUGCUCAGAUCCACAAAGUGGCAACACUGGCAGCCAUCAGAGAACUGCUUCUGGAAACACUGAAGGAUUUGAGUGAACAGGAGCUCAGUAAAGUUCAGUGGCUGCUACAGUUCACCUGCUUCCAGAAAAACCUUCCACAACUAUCAGUGACUGGAGACUCAGCAGCUGUAGUGGAUCAGAUGAUGAGAACAUGUGGCCAACAGUCUUUGGAGGUGAUCAUGGAGGUCCUCAUGGACAUGAACAGGACUGAUCUGGUGCAGAGACUGUCAGAGACCAGCUCUGGACCCAAAGUGAAACACAGUGUGGAUGAACAUUGGCCUGCACUGAUCCAGAAAGUGGAGUUGAUGGUGUCUGUUAUAGAGCUGCUCCUGGAAACACUGGCUGAUCUGACUGACAUCCAGCUCAGACGCUUUCAUCAUCACAUGAGUGGAAUUCAUCCUCUCAGAUCUGACUUAGAUUGGCCAUUAACAGUGAUGGACGACAGAUUUUCCUUUAUGUUCUCAUUGAUGCAGCAUCAUACAGACCUACAGGACACAGUGUUUACUUUGGUUCAGAGGUGUGGUCAUCAGUCUGUGGAGGUGACCAUGGAGGUUUUACAGAAGAUGGAGAUGACUGAUCUGAUGAAGAGGCUGUCAGACAGCAGCUCAGGACCCACAAAGAAACUUUCUGUGGACGAACUCCAAUCUGCACUGAUCCAGAAGGUGGCAACAAUGGCAGCUGUCAAACAGCUGCUUGUGGAAACUCUGGAACAUCUGCCCUAUUGGGAGCUUAAUAGGUUCAUGGUCCACCUGCAGAGUAUAGUCUACCAGAGGAAUCCCUCAUACGUCCCAAGGACAGACAUUGGGAUGAAUUACACAUCAUUAAGUUCAGAUAUACUGGAUAUGAUGAUGAAGGAGCUUGGCCUACAGUCUAUGGAGGUGACCAGGGAGAUUUUAGAGAAGAUGAACAGGACUGACCUGGUGCAGAGGUUUUUAAAGUCCCGCUCAGAAUUUAAAGCUUCGAGUGCCUCAGCUGGAGCAGCUGGUGGAAACCUGACGACAGGAGAGCAACAGCAGAUUCCACUGAGCCACAGAGUGGAGUUGAUGGUGUCUGUUAUAGAGCUGCUCCUGGAAACACUGGCUGAUCUGACUGACAUCCAGCUCAGACGCUUUCAUCAUCACCUGGAUGAAAUUCAUUCUCUCAGAUAUGACUACAUGUCCUCAUUGAUCCAGCAUUAUACAGACCUACAGGACACAGUGUUUACUUUGGUUCAGAGGUUUGGUCAACGGUCUGUGGAGGUGACCAUGAAGGUUUUACAGAAGAUGAAGAUGACUGAUCUGAUGAAGAGGCUGUCAGACAGCAGCUCAGGACGCACAAAGAAACCCCUGGAUGAACAUCUGUCUGUUCAGAUCCACAAAGUGGCAACACUGGCAGCCAUCAGAGAACUGCUUCUGGAAACACUGAAGGAUUUGAGUAAACAGGAGCUCAGUAAAGUUCAGUGGCUGCUACAGUACACCUGCUUCCAGAAAAACCUUCCACAAAUCCCACCCAGAGAAUCAGUGACUGGAGACUCAGCAGCUGUAGUGGAUCAGAUGAUGACAACAUGUGGCCAACAGUCUUUGGAGGUGAUCAUGGAGGUCCUCAUGGACAUGAACAGGACUGAUCUGGUGCAGAGACUGUCAGAGACCAGCUCUGGACCCAAAGUGAAACACAGUGUGGAUGAACAUUGGCCUGCACUGAUCCAGAAAGUGGAGUUGAUGGUGUCUGUUAUAGAGCUGCUCCUGGAAACACUGGCUGAUCUGACUGACAUCCAGCUCAGAGACUUUCAUCGUCACAUGAGUGGAAUUCAUCCUCUCAGAUCUGACUUAGAUUGGCCAUUAACAGUGAUGGACGACAGAUUUUCCUUUAUGUUCUCAUUGAUGCAGCAUCAUACAGACCUACAGGACACAGUGUUUACUUUGGUUCAGAGGUUUGGUCAUCAGUCUGUGGAGGUGACCAUGGAGGUUUUACAGAAGAUGGAGAUGACUGAUCUGAGGAAGAGGCUGUCAGACAGCAGCUCAGGACCCACAAAGAAACCCCUGGAUGAACAUCUGUCUGCUCAGAUCCACAAAGUGGCAACACUGGCAGCCAUCAGAGAACUGCUUCUGGAAACACUGAAGGAUUUGAGUAAACAGGAGCUCAGUAAAGUUCAGUGGCUGCUACAGUACACCUGCUUCCAGAAAAACCUUCCACAAAUCCCACCCAGAGAAUCAGUGACUGGAGACUCAGCAGCUGUAGUGGAUCAGAUGAUGACAACAUGUGGCCAACAGUCUUUGGAGGUGAUCAUGGAGGUCCUCAUGGACAUGAACAGGACUGAUCUGGUGCAGAGACUGUCAGAGACCAGCUCUGGACCCAAAGUGAAACACAGUGUGGAUGAACGUUGGCCUGCACUGAUCCAGAAAGUGGAGUUGAUGGUGUCUGUUAUAGAGCUGCUCCUGGAAACACUGGCUGAUCUGACUGACAUCCAGCUCAGAUGCUUUCAUCAUCACAUGAGUGGAAUUCAUCCUCUCAGAUCUGACACAGUUUGGCCAUUAACAGUGAUGAAGGACUUGAACUCGAAAGUACGAGACAUUGGUCAUUACAUGAGUGGAAUUCAUCGUCACAUGAGUGGAAUUUAUCGUCCCAGAUAUGACUUAGAUUGGCCAUUAACACUGGAGGGGAAAGACCCACAGGACACAGUGUUUACUUUGGUUCAGAGUGUUGGUCAUCAGUCUGUGGAGGUGACCAUGAAGGUUUUACAGAAGAUGAAGAUGACUGAUCUGAGGAAGAGGCUGUCAGACAGCAGCUCAGGACCCACAAAGAAACUUUCUGUGGACGAACACCAAUCUGCACUGAUCCAGAAGGUGGCAACAAUGGCAGCUGUCAAACAGCUGCUUGUGGAAACUCUGGAACAUCUGCCCUAUUGGGAGCUUAAUAGGUUCAUGGUCCACCUGCAGAGGAUAGUCACCCAGAGGAAUCCCUCAUACAACCCAUUGACAGACAGUGGUAUGAGUUUCACCUCAUUAAGUUCAGAUAUACUAGACAUGAUGAUGAAGGAGCUUGGCCUACAGUCUUUGGAGGUGACCAGGGAGAUUUUAGAGAAGAUGAACAGGACUGACCUGGUGCAGAGGUUUUUAAAGACCAGCUCAGAACUCAAAGAACCUUCAUCAAGUUUGGAUCCUGAAGGAAGUGUUAAGCAGGACUCCAGGAACUGGACUAAAGUUGAACCUGUGGUGAACAGAACUGAUGAAGCCAAGGCUCCGACUUACAGUCUACAGUCUGAAGCAGGACACUUUGAAUGUGCUGUGUCUGGUCUGCGCUGGGUCUGUGAGGAGAAGGCCAGCCUUAAGUACCACUUCUGUUCUUGGGAGGGACACAUGGAGUGGAUGGAGCAUAUGCAUUACAUGCCUGCAGGUUCCUUAAUGGACGUCACAGUCAUGACUGGGAAGUUAAAAGAAGUCUACCUGCCACACUGGAUUUGCAUCGACGACAUCCCAGAUAUACUGAACCAGUUUGCAGUGCUUCACGUAAAUGACUGUGGAGAUGAAGUGGAAGAAGUGUCCGAGGUCACAGCAUCACACGUCAAGUUAAAGGAACCGAUUUUCUCCCCGAGGGCGGUCCUGAUGAGAGCUGGCUUACCCGUGAAAAUCAACUGUAACGUGUUGAUAUAUCAGACCAACACAGCUUUCCUCACUCUGCAUGUUUAUCUGAUCCCACAGGACGGCGGUCUGAAACAGACAAUCACCCAGGAGGAAUUAUCAGAGGGGGGUUGCAAAAAAAUCCGAAAGCCAAAACCAGAGAAAUCUCUAAAAAUGAAAAGUUUUUUCCUCCUGACAGCAGAUGUGGACGGUGCAAGAAUCACUCCUCCUGAGGGGUUAAAGCUCAGAUAUGACACUGACCCAAACUUCUUUGAGGUGCACAUUAAGAAUCCAAACAGAGACUUCCAGCUCAACCUCACUCAGAAAAAUGAGCUCCAGUCAGUUUGGACGUGUUUUGUACAAGAAGGUGAUUACCAAAGCCCUUAUCCUCCACAAGCUUCGAGUGCCUCAGCCGGAGCAGCUGGUGGAAACAUGACGACAGAAGGCAAACACUUUGUGGAUGAACAUCAACUGGAGCUGAUCAGAAGAGUGAGCAACAUCAAACCCAUUUUGGACGAGCUCCUUGUCAAAGGAGUUAUCCAAGAAGAAGCGUAUGCUACAAUCACAGCUAUGUCGACCUGUGAGGACAAGAUGAGGGCGCUCUACAUUGGUCCACUCAAAGCUGGCGUAGCCUGCAAAGACGUCUUCUAUGAAACCCUUAAGACACACGAGAAAUAUCUCAUCACCGACCUCAACAAGGGCCAGUGAUCGUACAUUAUCAGACACGUGAUGAGGUUUAAAACUUGAUGCAUCAAAUGUUUCUCUGUCAUUUUUAUUUCCAUAUGAAAAAACAUCAGUGGAUUUUUCCACUGUUGAACAUUUUUUGAACAUUUUUUAAAACAGCUUCUUCUUGCACUAUGAUACAUUCCUAUCGCUGCUGCGCUUUAUAUUGUACUUUUAUCUUAUUUCAUUGUAAUUUUAUUACAUUGUCGUGAAUGAAAUUUCGUUCUGUAUACACCCUGUGCAUAAAAAAUGACAAUAAAGUUAGUCUAAGUGUACUUCCUCUUAUCUACUUCAGUUUCUCUUUCUCUUCUUCCUUCUCUGCUUCUUCCUUAACUUCUCAACUUCUUUCCCAUUUUCUCCUUCCCUUGUACUUCCUACUUCCUUCUUCUUCUUUGCUUCCUUCUUUCCUCCUCUACUACUUCCUGAUCUCCUGCCCAGGAGGGCUGUACCUAAAUCCACCUCUGCCAAGGUUCAUCAUGCUUCUCUCUUUUUUUAUAUAAGGCGAAACUUGAACUCCUGUCUUCCUACGUUAAUUACAUGGUUAAGAGCUGGUCCUUACUGUCUCUGUAAGUACUUAGAUCUUUUUACUUCUUGUCUGUCUUUUGUCUACGUUCUGUGUCAUUGUGUAACUGUGUUUUGUAUUUGCUGCUGCCUAUCAUGAACAGGACUCACUUGAAUAAGAUAUUCUUAAUCUCAAUGGGAGCUUCCUGCUGAAAUUAAAGUUAAAUCAUAAAAAAAAAUCAUAUUUCAAUCAAAUAUUUCUCUUCCUCCUUAUUUGUGAACCUGUCUUUUUAAUCCUCUCUUAUUAAACAGUCACCAUCCAUUUCUUUGAACCUGUUGCCACCUGGGUCUUUUUACGUUACAACCCUUUACCCCUAAGGGACGGGGUCCUAACACCAAGUCCACAAAUCUCUCUCUGGGCCCAUGUGGGACA